AUGGCACGGUCGUCGCAGGCUCAACGCGUGGUUGUGGCCUUGUUGCUUGUCAGCCUGGGCGUCAACCUCCUCUUCCUCAGAUACUGGCUCGCCGAUAGCCAUCGAGCUCUCGAUGGCUUGAAUGACCAAGGCAUACCAUGGCAAGACAGGGCCCGAAACGAAGGCGAUGUGCAUCUACCGCUCAAUCAAAAGCAACCAUCGGCGACGAAGCGGCCAGCUACAGCGCCUGUCCCUGCGCUUGACGAACGCAAAGGUGUCAUUCACCACGACCACCCGGGUGUCCACGUGGCAGAUUCCUUCUCCAUCGAGGCCUACUCGAGUCGUUUGGCGGUUUGGGUCCGAGUAGACGGCAAGACCAUCUAUAACGUGACACUGUCGCCAACAAUUGAAUCGCAGCGCGGCAUCCACGUUGUCAGCCUAAAUGGUGCCACCGCACAAGUAACCUCAGUCGCCGACUUUGACACCUACGCCCCAGGUGCCGAAGAAUAUUUACUCGCGCACAUGGGCACAAUGCAUUCAAACCGUAUUCUCGUCUUUGUUGUUCGUGACGAGGCCUCAAAUUCUCUAUCCUCUCGCUGCCGCGAGCUCUUCAAGGAAAUGGGUAGUCAGAAGAUUGACAAGCUGGGCUGGCGAGGGAUGUGGGCCAUGAUUACGCGUCUGGACCACCCAAGUGAGACAGUGGAAACGUUGAGCCAGGUGAUCUCGACGAGUGAAUGGGCACCGCCUGCAAAGGCCACUGCUUUACUUGAAGCGGAUGACGGGCCUCCUUGCAAUUAUGCCGAUGCAGACCGUGAGCUGGCCGAUGUCCCCGUCAUAAUCGUGGCAUCUGAGAACCGGCCCCGCUAUCUGUACAGAGCUCUCUUGGCACUCUUGAAUAGCCAGGGAUCUGCACGAGGCCUCAUCCACGUUUACAUAGAUGGACGAAGCAAACCGGAAGCUGCUCGUAUGACGCGCCUUCUCGGCAUCAAGUUCACUUGUCAAGAGCCCCAUGGCGAGAAGAACGGUCGCAUCAGCCAACACUAUUUUGAUGCCCUCUCUGCAGCCUUUCACCUUGAUUUUCCCAAUGCUGAGCAUGUAAUCAUUCUAGAAGAGGAUCUGGAAGUGAGCGCCGACUUUUAUCACUACUUUGCCUCUACGCGGCAUCUGCUUCUUCAAGAUCCGUCUCUGUAUUGCAUCUCGGCCUGGAAUGACUUGGGCUACAUGCACACCGCACAGGACAGCAGCUUGCUAUAUCGGGUGGAAACCAUGCCUGGCUUGGGUUGGAUGUUAUCGCGGUCACUCUUUGUAGACGAGCUGGAGCAGAAUUGGCCACAAGCCGAAAAAAUGUGGGAUUGGGACAUGUGGAUGCGUUUGCCAAACAUUCGCAAGGACCGCGAGUGCCUUAUUCCAGAUAUCUCGCGCACUUUUCAUUUCGGUGCCUCCGGUGUUAACCUCAACUCUUAUUUUCAAAAGGUCUACUUUGAAAAGCACCUUCUGAACCAAGCGCCCGCGGCUCGCGUCAAGACAGCAGGCAUGACCCAACGUGAAUAUGAGGAGCAAUUGGACAGCCUCAUCCAGAGUUCACAUGCCGUGGACACGGCCCGGGACCCCUGCCAGUAUCAGGAUAUCAUUCCGCCCGGGAACCAGGACCACUGGGUUUUCUACAUCAAAAUGCGUUCUGACUAUGAUUGGGACACCUGGCUGGCUUUGGCCUCAUGCUGGAAGAUUUGGGAUUUGGAUGCGCGUGGAUUUCACAAAAGCGUCUGGCGGCUAUUCUUGAAUGGGACUCCCAUUUUUGUUGUGGGAUCUACGUCUCCAUACUACAAGCACAAACCGGCACAUCUUGAUCCCAUCUUCAAGCCGAAGCAGCCUAAGAAUUAA